AUGCAACGAAAAUGCCCAACAAUUCAUAUGUAUGGUCUACGAAACCAUAAGGGAUCACUGAAUCCGUGGGGGAAAAAACAUACAAGGAAAAUUGACAACACGGAACUGGACCUAUGUAGUGCUCGUGGCGGUUUCGAUGAGCAAUUCAAGAGUGCCAGGGAUAUUGAAUUCGGAGCCUUAUUCCCGCGUGUAUCGAUCAACUCAAGAAGCCCGAAUAGCACUCUCAGCACUCUCCAAAUGGCAUUCACAAAGACUACGCGCGUGGUGCGGUUGCAACUAACGUACAGUGACAUACUGUAUAUUGGGGGAGUGAGAGCAGAAGAUGUUAAUUACAUUGUACUUUGGCAAGGGGGCGUGAGAGCAGAAAAUAUUGACCUGUGCUAUGAAAUUGCAAAGCCAACAACAACUACAAUUAUGGACGGUCAAGGAAGAAGGCGUCAAGACAGUAGCUCAAAACCAAACAGUCACCACCAGCCUGAAUGUGCUAGUUCACAGAACAGACAUCACAAAAGGAAUGAUUCAAAUUCCAGCCAGGUUGAAUACAAAUCCACUACUGAUGGAAAUGGGGGUGAUUCACCUUCAAAAGGAGAGUAUACUUACAGGGACAAUCUCGUAGCAGUCAUUCGAGACAGUCUAGAUCUGGCUAGUACCUUCUCUGUAAAGCAAUUCAAGGAAUCAGUGACAAUGCUGGAAAGACACCGUGGAAAUCUAGAGAGGCAAUUGAAAGAACUUGAUGCCCAGAUUAAACAAUGCCAUGAUUUAAUGGAUGAGGAUCAUGUUUCUAGUGAAAAUAUAAAAAAGAGCCUUGCAGAGUUAGAUAGGCGAGUGCAAAGGAAUGAAAGUGAGAAACACUUUGUGAACUUGGCCCAGGAAACCAAAAGGAUUGUAGAAUCAACAGGAAACCGGCAGAAGGACUUUUGCAGUGCCUUCAGGCCACAGGAAGAGUUGAAGGGAAAAAUCCUUGAACUUGACAAACAUUUCAAGCAAGCUAAAGAACGAAUUGACUACGUUCUGGAAUUGUUAAGACAGAGGUACACUCAGGAAUGA